AUGCGGCCGGCGAUGCGGCGGGACUCCACGGUCGUCGCUGCAUCCGCUGCGGAUCUCGAGGAGGAGUUCGGAAUCGAGGGAAGCGUGAAGAUCGUCGAGGGCAAGGGUGGAAUUCCAAAGGUGGUGCUCACGCACGUGUGUGGCUCGUCGGCGGAGGUGUACCUGCACGGGGCGUGCGUCACGUCUUGGCGGCAGGCAAACGGCAGCGAAGUGCUGUACGUCCGUCCCGACGCGGUGUUCGACCGCACUAAGCCCAUCGCCGGUGGUAUCCCGCUGUGCUUCCCACAGUUCGGACCGGGCGCGAUCCAGCAGCACGGAUUCGCACGCAACGUGGAUUGGGAGAUCGCGUCCACGUCUGCGGACCUGCAGCCGGACGAGAAGGAUCCUGAGGUCGAGUUCGUGCUCACGGAGUCAGACUUCACCCUCGGCAUGUGGCCGCACCCCUUCAAGGCCUGCUACACCGUCACACUGCACGGCGAGAUCCUGCGCACGGACUUCCGCGUGAUCAACACGGGCGACGGCCCCUUCGAGUUCACCGCGGCUUUACACAGCUACCUCGAGGUCCUCGGCAUCGACCGCGCCGCCGUCACGGGCCUCGACGGCCUCACCUAUCUCGACAAAACAAAGGACCCUGCCAGCCCGGAGACCAAGACGGAGACAAGGGCGCGCGUGACGUUCGAGGGACCCACGGACAGCGUGUACCUGGACGCCGGCGACCACCAGGAGCUCGACGUUGGCACCGGCGCGGCCAUCGCGAUCGACAGCGAUGGCUGGGGCGACGUUGUUGUUUGGAACCCUUGGACGGCGAUGGAGGCGUGCUACCAGGAGUUUUGCUGCGUGGAAAAGGCGCAGUUCUCCAAGCCGGUGACGCUGCAAGGCGGGGAGUCGUGGCGCGCGCGGAUGGACCUGCAGGUGGUCGACCUGCCCGUAGAAUAG